AAAUUCUUCCACCACCUCCUCUGUCUUCUUCCUCGCCAGCGGUUAGUCCACUCCCCUUUUCUCUCUCCAAUCAGUCGUUUCAUAUUAAUCAUCGAUCAUCAAUCUUCCUUCCUGUAGAACCAAAACUAUACCAAACCAAAGGGGAUAAAGGAAUACCCUCCACAACCAACAACCUCUCCCUCUCCAAGAAACCAUAAAAAGAUUCCCACAAUUGAGGCACCAAUUGUUCCAUACCCUCCCCUCUCUGCCCUUCCUCUCCUCUCUUUGGGCAGACCUCACCCCCGCAAGCUCUCUCAUCUUCCUCCCCGAAACAAUCUAUAUCUGGAAGAUAAUAAUAAUAGUAACAGUAUAUAAGAAAUUCAGAAAGAAAGAUUGUUCCUUUUUCCUUCUUUCGCCCAAGGCAGGAACGAGUUCCGGUGAACCAAAUCAGGGUAUUGCUCGAAUUUUCAAGACUCGCCGGGAUGAAGCACAUUGACGAUGAUAUUCCGACAUCCCCAGGAAAGUUCAAGAUGGAUAAGCCUCCUUACCAUAACAAUAGGCUUCGGCUUCAUUCCUCCCUAUCCAGGCUCACCUUUUGGUCCAUCCUGUUCUUCUCUUUGAUCUACUUUCUGUUCUUCAGAUCACCGUCGUCUUCCUCCUCCCCCGCCGUCCCCUCGGAUCUCUUCAGGAGAUCCCUCAAAACCAGCUCCUACGGCGGCGAAGCCUGGGAAAAGAAGAUAAGGGCCUCCGCGAAAGUCAGAUCAAGAAACGGCAUGACCGUUCUUGUCACCGGAGCCGGCGGCUUUGUCGGGACCCACGUCUCGGCCGCCCUCAAGCGCCGUGGAGACGGCGUGGUGGGGCUCGACGUUUUCAACGACUAUUACGACCCGUCACUGAAACGGGCUCGCCAAAAGCUCCUCGAGCGUAACGGGGUGUUCAUCGUGGAAGGCGACAUAAACGACGCCGCAUUGGUCAAGAAACUCUUCGAGAUCGUGCAUUUCACGCACGUGAUGCAUCUCGCCGCACAAGCCGGCGUGAGAUACGCGAUGGAGAACCCGGGAUCGUACGUCCAUAGCAACAUCGCCGGCUUCGUCAGCCUUCUUGAGGUUUGCAAGAAUGUCAACCCGCAGCCGGCCAUAGUCUGGGCAUCUUCAAGCUCUGUUUAUGGAUUGAACAGUAAAGUCCCGUUCUCAGAAUUGGAUAGAACAGAUCAACCCGCGAGUCUUUAUGCUGCAACCAAGAAAGCGGGUGAGGAAAUCGCCCACACAUAUAACCACAUAUAUGGUCUUUCCCUGACGGGGCUGCGGUUUUUCACGGUGUACGGACCUUGGGGCCGACCGGACAUGGCGUACUUCUUUUUCACCAAAGACAUUUUGAAAGGGAAGUCAAUCCCCAUAUUUGAGGCGGCAAACCACGGAACCGUCGCUAGAGACUUCACUUACAUUGAUGACAUUGUAAAGGGGUGUUUGGCAGCCUUAGAUACCGCGGAGAAAAGUACUGGAAGUGGCGGGAAAAAGAAGGGGCCUGCUCAAUUGAGGGUUUUCAACCUCGGGAACACUUCGCCCGUCCCCGUCUCUGAUCUGGUUGGCAUAUUGGAGAAGCUGCUGAAGGUGAAAGCCAAGAGGCAAAUUAUGAAGCUGCCAAGGAAUGGGGAUGUUCAAUUUACACAUGCUAAUAUCAGUUUGGCUAAGAGGGAGCUUGGGUAUAAACCUAGUACAGAUUUACAAACUGGGUUGAAGAAAUUUGUCCAAUGGUAUCUCAGUUACUAUGGAGGUGCUGGUGGAAAGAAGAGUUCCCACUGAAACUAUACAAACAUUCUUUCUGUUGUUUGUAGUGGUGGUGGGGAGGAAGAGGUAGAUCAAAGGACCAAUUCCAUUUCUUUUGUUUUGUCUUUCCUUGUUCAUUCUUCUGAUGAUUGUUUUUUUUUAAAGUUCAUACCCAUACUUUGUUGUCUUGCUUUGUUGUAUAUCUGUACAAGGAUGAAGCUUAAGGGGCUUUUUGUGGUGCUGGAAAUUGUUUUGAUUGUUGUGAUAUACGGAGUAUGUUGUAUUAAACGGGGACUUAUACAUUACAUUAUACCAUUCUUUUUUCUUUGGGGCUGUUCUUGGAAUGUAAUUUGUUAUGUGACUUGUAUCCCCAUUGUACAUUUAUUAUGUAUUAUUUGGAGAUGAAGAACUUUUAACAGGUUUAAAUAAAUGAUUUUGCCACAUGUUAUAUGUAUAUAAUUGUAUGUCUUUUCGUCUUCUUUAUGAACAUC